UUAACCAGAGUUAAAUAACAAAUAAAUAAAUAUAAUGACAGAACACAAAGAUGAAGUUGUAAUAUCAGGUAUCGGUGGAUUGUUUCCAGAAAGCAAUAAUAUAAAUGAAUUGAGCGAUUUGUUAUUCCAAAAAAAAAAUGGAGUAACUAUUGAUUCAAGGAGAUGGAAACCAAAUAAACUAGGUGCAUUAAGUGGAACUGGAAAAAUUAAAAAUAUCGAUACAUUUGAUUCCGCAUUCUUCAGGGUUCAUCCAAAACUUGCUAAAGUUAUGGACACAAUGACAAAAAUAAGCUUAGAAAGAUCAAUCGAAGCAAUUAUUGAUGCCGGUUUGAGUCCAGCAGACUUGUAUGGAACAAAUACAGGAGUAUUUAUGGGAUCGGCAAUAAGUGAAACGGAAAUGAAAGCCAUGGAUACCGAUUCAUCUCUAGGAUUUGUAAUGUUAGGAACUAGUAGAGCAAUGCAAGCAAACCGACUUUCUUUUAUUCUUAAUUUGACAGGACCUAGUUUUUCCAUGGACGGAGGAUGGAUUUGUGGCUCCAACGGUUUAAAAAAAGCCAAAGAAAUGAUUGAAAAUGGUUUAUUACCAUCUGCGAUUGUCGGUGUUACUAAUUUGACCCUUCGACCAGAUUUACAAUUCCUAUAUCAAGGAUUGAAUAGAUUAAACAAAAGUAAUCAAACUAAACCAUUCAGUUCUGACGCUGAUGGGUAUAACAGAUCAGAAGCUUGUAUUGUUUUGUAUCUUCAAAAAGCUUCUGAAGCCAAACGUUCAUACGGAACAUUGUUGAAUGUAAAAUCAAUGCAGUUUGGUAAUCAUGAUGGGACCCUAACCGAACAUGAUGGAAAUCACUUUAAAUCAUUGCUAUUAGAUUCUUAUAAAGAAGCUGACAUAGAUCCGGCUACAGUAGAUUUCAUAGAAGCUUACGGAUCGGGAAUUAAGAGUGAAGAUGCUAUGGAAUUAAAUAUCAUGGAAGAAGUGUUUUGUACUGAAAAUAGAAGGACACCUUUAAAAGUGGGUUCCGUGAAAAGUAACGUAGGUCACUGUGAAGUGUCUAGUCUCUUUAUGUCAAUUGUUAAAGCCAUCAUUACGCUAGAAAGUGGAUACAUACCACCUAACAUAAAUUACACAGGACCAAAUAAUAAUGUAGCAGCGUUAAAGAAUGGAAAAAUUCAAGUAAUAACUGAAAAAACUCCUUUUGUUGGAGAUAUAAUCGGAAUCAGUUCAUUUGGGUUAUUAAAUGCAUUUAGCCAUGUAAUCAUAAGAAAAAUCAGAUCGUUAAUAACAUAAUUGUGGACAAACAUAAUUCUACCAAUAUACCCCAAUUAAUAUUGGUAUCAGGGCGGAAUGAAGAAAACGUUAAAGAAGCAUUAAACCAGAUUAAAAGUCAUGGAAACAAUACAGAGUUUGUGUCAUUGACUAAUGACGUAUUUACUAGAAAUAUCAAUGGCCAUUUCUUUAAGAGUUUUAACAUUUUCCCUCAGAUGGAUGAAUCACGAAUAGAUGACGUCAGG